AUGGAUCAGCCAACAAGUACAAGUGCACAGACCCAGCAGCAGCAACACGAGCCCAUCAGCUUUGGGAUUGAUCAGAUCUUGAGCAGCUCCGACCAGGAAAACUCUUCUCAGUCGUCCGCCGUCACCAGGGGGUCGGAGAGCUCCAGUUAUUUGGGAAGCCCAAUCAGCCGCCCCAGCGCCCCUUACUCGUGUCUCUCCGCUAAUUUCCCCGCCGGCAUCGGGGCCACGUUUGAUGAGUCGGGAUGUUACAGUGUCAAUGUGAGUCUGGCUCCUGCCGGAGUGAUUAGAGUGCCAGCUCAUCGGCCUAUACCCGGCGCCAUCCCCAGUGCCAUCCCCUCUAUACCGGCUGUGCCCGGCCUUGGCAGCCUCAACUUCCCCUGGAUAGAAAGUAGCAGGAGGUUCGUGAAAGAAAGAUUUACAGCUGCAGCAGCCCUGACGCCUUUCACAGUGACCCGCAGAAUUGGACACCCCUAUCAGAAUCGGACCCCACCCAAGCGCAAAAAGCCUCGCACGUCUUUCUCAAGGGUUCAGAUCUGCGAACUGGAGAAGCGAUUUCAUCGGCAGAAAUAUUUGGCAUCGGCAGAAAGAGCGGCUUUAGCCAAAUCUCUCAAAAUGACAGAUGCUCAAGUCAAAACCUGGUUCCAAAAUAGGAGGACAAAGUGGAGGAGACAGACGGCAGAAGAGAGAGAAGCGGAGAGGCAACAGGCGAACAGACUGAUGAUUCAGCUGCAACACGACGCGUUUCAGAAAUCGCUGAGCGAUUCCAUUCAGCCGGAUCCUUUGUGUUUGCACAACUCGUCGCUCUUUGCGCUUCAAAACUUGCAACCUUGGGAGGAGGAGGAGCAGUCGAAGAUCCCCCCAGUUACCUCAUUAGUGUAA